AAAACCCAUGGAUCUGUGACUACCAGGUGAACCACAUGCAGCCCUGUGGCCAAGGAUUUGAAUCUCCCACCAAACUUUGCAACUCAGCCUCGUUUCCAGCAGAAGCCUUAAGUUUGCAGCGUGACUUCUCCUUGGGUGACAAGACCGCCUUGGCCAACAGUGGUUCAUAUACUGAUGCCAGGCUUCUGGCUGCCUUACCCAAGGUUUCAGAGUUGAAGAAAUACUUUGAGGGCUCAGUCACACAGGAUUUGGAAAUGAACAGGAAGGAGAGGAUAGCCCGGCGCUUAGAGGGGAUUGAUACUGAUGUUCCUCCUGCUCUGCUGCCCGGUGGACUGGUAGCCAACAGAAUGCUGGAGGAGGAUCCACCACGGUACACCCGUGCCUCAGACCCCUGUGAGCCUUGUGUGAUGGUGAGGCGCUACAGUCGAGAAGAUUUGGAAGUUCCCCAGAAGCAGGUGUCACCUCCAGACAGGUCACCUCAGGUCAAAGGUGGUGUUGGCAGCCGUACAGAGCCGGUGUUGGUGUAUGUUGACCCAAUAACAUUGUCCACCUCUUCUACACCCACAUCUGGCUUCACAGAACCCAGCAGUGCCAGUUCCAAAGCUGAACGCAUCGCCCGCUACAAAGCAGAGCGCCGCCGCCAGUUGUCAGAGCGUUAUGGCAUCCUCUUGGAUCAGGAGGCUGACAAUGAUUACACACCACGGCACCGGUCCCGUCAAGACCCCGACUUCUCUGACCAACAAAUGACUGUCAGGCGAGACAGAGACAGGCAAGAAACGGAGGAACCAGGACGGGCCCCCAAGGUGCCCUAUCGUUCUGGAAUGGGCAGAGUCUACAUGAGGACUCAUCGGACUCAGGAGCAACCGUUCGCUUUAAAAACCAGAACUCAGGAGCAGCAUUCAGCCCAAUCCCAACAACAACACCCCCACCACCACCAAGGCCCUGACCACAAGGAGCCAAUCCCUGCCUCCACCAGGGACUACAGCGUCACAGCAGUGCCCAGCUCCCCUCGCACUGCCCGCCGGGCCUCCCUUCCCACCACUCGCUAUGGCAUCUCACCUGGGGAUUUAUUCAUAGAGCAGCAGGCCCAGAGCAUCCUCAACAGGCAGGGAAUCCGAGCAAGGGAACGAUUGUCCAAGGAUGAAACUGCCCAGAGGCCCCCUGACUGGAGUCCAGACAUACACCAAGCUAGCAGACAUCAUACUCAGGGGAAGAUUGCUCAGUAUACGCCACAAUACUCAGAACCCACCCAGCAAAGGACUGUUCCCCAGCUUCAGCCUAGUUCAGGUCACCAUUCUGCCCACAGCCAAGCAGCCUACCCUCAGUUUGACCCUGAGUACCAACACUCUGGCCCUGCUCUGGACUCUCAGCCCUGUUUGGCCAUGCCUGCUACAGUGUCCAAUACCAAACUUCCUGGACCUCCUGAGGUACAACCACGAAGGAGAGUGAGCACUGAGCAAAUGUAUGCUGCCCACAAGGAGGCAAGAAUAGAGGCCAGACAGGUUCUGAAGGAAGAGGCUCAUACAGAGGGUUUGUUGAAGAGCAGGAAGGCAGUGUUGCCCUCGGAGAUUCGCCGAAGGGAAAGGAGUGUGGAUGAUACUUACAGGGGCGGGCAUGAAGACAUGGACUGGCAGAACUACAGUCCAGAACAGAGGAGGACGAGUCAAGGAGAGGAAGACUGGAAUCUGGAGAGACUGAGGGAGAGCGGAAGGGAAAGAAAUGUUGAGAGAAUCAGAGAAAGAGGGAGAGAGCGUCUUUCCAGGGAUUACAGUGAAGAGGAGAGAGUAUUUAGAUCUAUGCAGCCUAUCAGCGGCCAGCAGCCUGGGCAGCAUCAGUCCUCAGAGCCUGUGUACCUUGAAGAGCCCCAAAUUCAGCAGCAAGAACCCCUGAAGCAGCACAGCCAUUGCGACACCUCGGGACAGCGACAAGGGGCUGAAAGACAACAACAUUCUCAAAGACAGAAAGAGUAUGAACCACUAAGUCAGCAGCAAGACUCGCAGAAAAAACAAGAGCUCCCACCAGAAGAUGAGUUUGAGUUUCAGAGACAGCAGCAGGAUCCGUUGUGGCAGCAGAGGCUUGACUCAGCUGAUUAUGUCCAGAAAAGCCCCUCUGUCACUCUGGCCAAACAUAGAAGCAUGGAGAUGAGCGGAGGGCCAAAACCUAAGAUACGAACCCGCUCCAUGUCAGAUAUAGGACUAAGCAAGCAUUCUGCCAUGUACCGCAUGGAGAGGACAGCAGCCAGAAGAGAGCAAUCCAGGGCCGUCCCUCAAUCAGAGGUGGCUAACGGGGAAAUGGGCACCCUGGACACCCGGGUGUCAGUAGCACAGCUGCGACACUCUUAUCUGGAGAACGCCAACCGGAAACCUGAGUUUGAGACUACUAAAGUAGAUCUCUCAGCAAUGGAGGUAGAUCCAGCUAGUGGCAGUAUUCGGGACAGGGGCACUCGGAGGCCUCGACGCUACAUCACCCCAGGAGACAGUCGCAUGUCGGAAAGGUUUAGGACCCAGCCCAUCACAUCUGCAGAGCGUUUGGAAUCUGAUAGGUCCCGUCUCAGCCCAGCACAGCUGCAGGAGGCAGAAGUGGAUGAAGAGAAGCUUGAUGAGAGAGCCAAGAUGAGUGUGGCUGCCAAGAGGUCUCUCUUUAGGGAACUGGAAAGGACAUCAGAGGGAGGUGUUCCUAAACCGCGGUCUCGAAAUUCUGCUGUAGAAAGGCGUCUCAGAAGAGUUCAGGACCGCUCGCACACCCAGCCCGUCACCAACAUAGAGGUGGUCAAUGUUUCAAGUGAGUCUGCCACAUCAUCACAGCCAGCGGGCGUCCAUACCGCUCGCGCCCCCAACCCCACUGUAGUCAGCACCAGUGUGCCUGGCAUCAGCAUUCAAGCUUCCCCCCAGCCAGGGUCAGCAGUCCAGGAACAGGAGAAGGACGCCCAUGAACACCAGAAACCAGCUCAUGCUUCUAGUGCUGUGGUAAAGGGAGAUGGCCAGGAGCCUGUCCCAGAGGAGCCCGACCUGUGUACCCUUAGCUUGGCUGAAAAGAUGGCUCUAUUUAACCGCCUCGCUCAGCCCAGGGGCAGAACUGCUGUACGGACCCGAGAGGGCACCCGUCAGCGCCGGGCCAACGCUCGUUUUCAGACCCAGCCCAUCACUCAAGGAGAGGUGCAGCAGGAAGCUGAGCCCCCUGUAACCUCUGCAGUGUGUAACGGAGGCUUAGAGGCCAAUCAGGAAGCACAUCUGAGACAUGGAGGUGAGCGCAAACUAGAGCCCCUGUCAGCCUCUCUCGUCCGCUCUGUGGCAGACCCCCUGCCACCCUCUCUCGUCCGCUCUGUGGCAGCCGUCACCUCCCAGCCAUCUGUCACCAUGGUAACCAUGAUGCCAGGCAGCAGCGGUGUGGGCGAUGAUGACGGUCUCCUUGCAGGAAAGUCCACCGCCAUCCCCUACAUCCCUGCCCAACAACAGGCUUCCAGCACCACAAACAGCCACCUGGAGAGGGCGCUGAGGUAUUUGCCCAUGACCCAGAGUGGUGACCCAGGCCAGUGUGAGCCUGAGCUCAACUCCUCCCCUCUCCUCCCUGACAGCCGAGAGAGAGUGGGUGCUCCUCCUGCUCCCACAUCUUCUGUUGGUCACAGGCAGCAGGGAGAGGCGGAGGAGGAGCGGCAGGAGGAGGAGGGCAGGGGGAGACAGCAGGGAGGAGCCAGAGAAGAGAGCCGAGGUGACAGCAUUAAGGGGAAGCUGCACUCCCCCGACAGGGACCAGGACGGUAGGCAGCACCCCCUGCCACAGCACUCUGCCGAGCCGUCUUUGUGGAGGGGCGAGUCAGAGCCUCUGCCCGGCUGGAGAUCUGCAGACAGAGACUCUCAGGAGAGUAGGGAGAGAGCAGAGGAAGGAGGAAGAGGAGAAGGAGGCUACCCGAAAGAGGCAGCAACAGAUCACAGGUCCUUCACACAGGAGCAGGAGAGGAGCAGUGGCCAGAGCCAAGCAAGCAUCUCAGAUUUGCCUGACCAUCCUGCACCACUGAGGCCACUGACAGCUAAAGUCUCAUCUAGGACAGUGUCUCACGUGUCAAGCAGCCAGCAGCAGCAGCAGUCCGUCAUCCAGCCUCCUCAAACUCUUCCUAAACCCUUCACGCAGCAGCUUCCUCCAACCCAACCCAAACCUUCUUCCUACAUCCAGCCCCAGCUGCACUCUCAGUUCUCCCAGCCGCCACCAACAUAUCCAAAACCUUUCACCCAGCCCCCCCAGACCCAGCCCAAACCUCAGGGAUUCAUCCAGGCCCUCCCUAAAUUUUACCCACAGACCACUUCUCAGCCUCAGCCUAAAACCCAGGUGCCUCCACAGAUAGCACCCAAACCUCAGUCUUUCCCCCAGGCACUGGUUAAGUCCCAGUCCCAGCCCCUGGACCACAGCGAGGACUUCAGCAGGCACAGUGUCCAUUCUGGAGAUCUACUGUCCCCCUCAGAGCCUGGAGAGCGACUGUCUGACGGCAUGUCCACCAAACAGAUGUCCAUUAAGGAGCGAGUGGCAUUGUUGAAGAAGAGUGGUGAGGAAGAAUGGAGGAACCGCAUCAAUAAGAAACAGGAAGUGGUUAAAGUGGUGUCUACCGAGCAGCAGGCUCCUCUAUGGGACACAGAGCAGACCUACCACAAGAAGGAGGAAGGGGUAGUCGUUCAAGACCGCUCUGCUGUGUCUGUGUCUGAACAGCUGUGGGAGCCUGUCUUCUCUUCCACCUAUUCUCCUCCUAUCUCCCUUGGCCAAAAGUGUCAGUAUAUUGACCAUCACAGUCAGAAGAUGGGAGAGGAGAUUGAGGCCCAGAUGACCAUUGAGGAGAGGAAGCAGAUGAUUUCGACUCGUGAGAAUGCCUGGAAGACAAAGGGCAAAGGAGCAGCCAAUGACUCUACCCAGUACACAGUCGCUGCACGUAUGAUCAAGAAAGGCCUGGCAGCAUCCUCCUCAGUUAUCAGUCCCAUCCUGUCACCAGUGUCCUCCAAACUCAAGAGCAGCACACCUGCCGUCAGCAAACCACAAGAGGAGAUUGAGGCCAGGCCGGACAUGGAAUCAGACAAGAAACUGGACAAGUUGGAGAACUUUCUGGGACGUCUGAAUAGCAAAGUGGCAGGUCUGCAGGAAACCACCAUAACAGUGACAGAGAAGGCAGUGAAGGAAGUGAUGAAACUGGAUGACGAGAUCUUCUCCAAGUUUUACAGACACGUCUCCGAAUUCCCACGCAUGCCCACCAGGAUAGAGAUCAGUGAGGACUUUGACAGUAUCUUCGGCUCCCAGGGUCCCAAACUGACUUCAGCCAUGGUGCAGCACAAGCGCUCGGUACGUCCAUCCAGGAAUGUCCAGGCAUCUCGAAACCCUCUGAAGAUGCUGGCAGCCAGGGAGGACAUCAGACACGAGUACACCGAGCAGAGACUGAAUGUGGCUCAGCUGGAGAGCAAGAGAAUGAAGGCUGAGAAGACGAAUAAAACCUCAGAGUACUCUGAAGCCGCUCUGGCAGGUCUGGCCAGUAAAGAAAAUUUCAACAGUGUGAAUCUGCGCAGUGUCAACAUCUCAGAGCAGGUGUCCAACAACAGCGCUGUGCCAUACAAAAACCUCAUGCUGAUGCAGAUCAAAGGUCGCCGUCACGUGCAGACCAGAUUGGUGGAGCCCAGAAUGUCUUCACUGAACAGCGGAGACUGUUUCCUGUUGGUCGCUCCAGAGCACUGCUUUGUUUGGAUAGGAGAGUUCUCAAAUGUCAUAGAGAAGGCUAAGGCAAUAGAUUUAGCCACUUUCAUCCAGACAAAGAAGGACAUGGGCUGCAGAGCAAACCACGUGCAGACCAUCGAGGAAGGGGUUAAUCCACAGGGUCCAGAUACCCAGCAGUUCUGGAUGAUCCUGGGAGGCCAGACGCCUUAUCAGUCCGCUGGUCCACCGGAGGAGGAUGAGCAGUUUGAGAAUGCCAUCGUGGAAACCAACUGUAUUUUCAGGCUAGUGGAUGACAAACUGGUUCCUGAUGAUGAUGAGUGGGGGAAGGUCCCUCACACCUCUCUGCUGACAUCCAAAGAGGUGUUGGUGUUUGACUUUGGUAGCGAGGUAUACGUGUGGCACGGCAAAGAGGUGGUUCUGGCCCAGAGGAAGGUGGCCUUCCAGCUCGCCAAACACCUCUGGAAUGGGACAUUUGAUUACACCUGCUGUGAUGUCAACCCUCUGGACCCCGGCGGCUGCAACACACUCAUACCUAGGAGGGGCCAGGGCCGCCCUGACUGGGCCAUAUUUGGCAGGCUGACAGAGCACAAUGAGACAAUCCUGUUCAAGGAGAAGUUCCUGGACUGGACUGAAGCAAAGUCGCCCACACCAAAGGAAGGCAGCGAGCUUAUACCUGAGCAGAAGGAGGCCCCAGGGAGAGAGUGUCGGCCUUACGACGCUACCCUGAUGCUACCUGUCCUCCAGUCGUCCAUUUCCACCAUCAUGGAUGGGGUAAACGUGGGCCGCGGCUACGGCCCGGUGGAGACUGAGGACCACAUGAGGACUCAAGUGAUCAGCACAGUGUCCGUGGAUGUUUGGCACAUUCUAGAGUUUGACUACAGCCGCCUCCCACGCCAGAGCAUCGGCCAGUUCCACGAGGGAGACGCCUACGUGGUCAAGUGGAAGUACAUGGUCAGCACAUCAGUGGGUCGUAGGCAAAAUCCCGAGGCCAGGAGCACCGGACCGGGGAAAGAGAAAUGCUGCUAUUUCUUCUGGCAGGGCCGACACUCCACCGUCAGUGAGAAGGGGACGUCAGCGCUAAUGACUGUGGAGCUUGAUGAGGAGAGAGGGGCGCAGGUUCAGGUGCAGCAGGGGAAGGAGCCUCCAUGUUUCCUGCAGUGCUUCAUGGGGGGGAUGAUCAUCCACGCUGGCAAGAGGGAGGAGGAGGAGGAGAACACUCAGAGUGAGUGGCGUCUGUACUGUGUGCGAGGCGAGGUGCCAGUGGAAGGCCACCUGCUGGAGGUGGCGUGUCACUGCAGCAGCCUGCGCUCCAGAACCUCCAUGAUCCUGCUCAACAUUAACAAGGCCAUCAUUUACCUGUGGCACGGCUGCAAGACGCAGCUACACACUCGCAGCGUGGGCAGCACAGCCGCACUCAGGAUCAAAGAACAGUGUCCUCUGGAGGCAGGUCUUCACAGCAGCAGUAAGGUGACGAUCCAUGAGUGUGAUGAGGGAGUGGAGCCUCCGGGCUUCUGGGAGGCGCUGGGGAGGAAAGACAGGAAGGCCUACGACUGCAUGUUGCAAGAUCCAGGUAAAUUCAACUUCACCCCACGGCUCUUCCAGCUGAGCAGCACAUCUGGAGAUUUUGUGGCAACUGAGUUCUUCCACCUGUCCGGAGCUCCGGACCUGGUCAGCUCACUGCCUUUCCUGCAGGAAGACCUGUACAAUGCACCACAACCUGCAUUGUUCCUGGUGGAUAAUUUCCACGAGGUUUAUCUGUGGCAGGGCUGGUGGCCUCAGGACAGCGAGAACACCGGCUCGGCUCGUAUCCGCUGGGACGCAGACAGGAAGUGCGCCAUGGAGACUGUGCUGCAGUACUGCAAAGAGAAGAACGAGAAGAAGCCUCAGAAGUCAUACCUGAUCCACGCUGGUCUGGAGCCACUCACCUUCACCAACAUGUUUCCCAGCUGGGAGCACAGAGAGGACGUGGCUGAGAUCACAGAGAGGGAAGCAGAGGUGUGUAACCAGAUCAUCCUAGUGGAGGAUGUCUUGGCCCGCCUCUGUCAGAACAUCUUCCCUCUGGCUCAGCUACAGGCUCGGCCGCUCCCCGAGGGAGUCGACCCGCUGCGCCUGGAGAUCUAUCUGUCUGAUCAGGACUUUGAGAAAGCUUUGGAAAUGAAGCGAGAAGAAUAUGAACGUCUGCCAGGGUGGAAGCAAGUGAACUUAAAGAAGGCCAAAGGGCUGUUUUAAGGAUGUUUUUAUAAUUGAAAAUGGCAUGUGAAGUGGUGAAAGGGUGGACCGCUGCAAUGGAGAUAUAGGAAAUGUCACAAAAAGCUGUUUUAGUGCUACCAUGUGAGGACAUGCGGGGUAGAAACAGUGUCCUGAAGGAAGUACCUGAGUCUGAAGAAAACCUACGUGAGUGAUGAGACUGGAGACACACUUGCCUCGCUUAUAGUCAUGUUUUACUUCUCAGCUUUGUCGUCAUAUAACUAAUUCAACAGAAGGUGGAAACACCUUGAACUGGUUCAUACAUGGUGUCUGUGUCUCCUCCAAGCACCAAAGUUACUGCUCGUGGACUCGUGAAAGAAACACUAGGACUCUUGGUGUCAGAGUGCCAUGCUGUGGUUGUGUAUGUGUGUGUGUGUGAUUGUAUAUAAUGUGUCUAGGUGCGUGUGAUGUUUUUUUCUGUGCGUAGAUGUUUGUGAUUGUCUGUGAAAAAAAAAAAAUCCUGUCACAUCAAAUGAUGUGAGGGAAGUUGUUUUUUGUCUGGAUGCUCAGGCCACAUACUGUAUGUAACUCAUGUUGCCCGACUUGUUAAGCUGCUGACGUGACCGACUUACUGAGCUCCUGACAGCAGAGACAACAGCCGUAACUUUCAGGUUUGAUUUUAACAAGAAGAGAAACAGCAGCUUGAUGAAUCUGAAUGUAUAGUGCCUUGCUUUUUGUGUACAGUUUAUAUACAGAAAUUCUAGUCUGCAUUUUUAAAGACUUUCUUUGUGAUAUAAGACAUAGUGAAUUAAAUCAAAAGUAAUGCUCAACCCAAACCAUGCCUCUUCCUACAUACAUUAAUAAUGAAAAUCAUAGGACUGCAUAAAAAAAAUACAACCGAUUUUUUUCUGA